CAUAAAAUCAAGUCGGCAGUCAAGAAGGCGCGCUGCGUUGGCAAGCAUGUUGCUUCUUUUCUGCCUUUUCGUCGGCCUCCUGGUCCGCAGCUCACUGGCCCAAGGGUGGCUGCCACCCGUGCACCACGGGCCCUACUACCCUGACGACUAUGACCACCACGAAGUUUGUAAUAAUCUGAAGAACUGGCAUCCGUACGACGUCAACCAUCAGUGGGAGAUGAGCGGCUUGAAGGAAGGUGACAUCAUGGAGUCACCUGAGAAAGGCAGGAAUGUCAUCAGGUCGGAGGAUUACAGCUGGCCCGAUGCGGUCAUUCCCUACGCCAUUCAGGCUGGACUAAGCCAAGAUGAGCGAGAGACGAUCGAUAUGGGCAUGGAGUGGGUGAUGCAGAAGUCGUGCAUCAGAUUCCGGCCGUAUCAAGAUGACGAUCCCGACUACAUCGUCAUUAUGUACAACGACACCGGCUGCUGGAGUUACAUAGGUCGCCAGGGUGGUGGGCAGCUGGUCAACCUGCAGAGGGACGGCUGCAUAUGGCCCGGCACGGUGGCCCACGAGCUGCUGCACGCCACAGGCUUUUACCACCAACAAAGCGCUUCGGACAGAGACGAAUACGUCAAUAUCAAUUGGGAAAAUAUUGAGGAGGGUGAAGAAGAAAAUUUUGACAAAGAGAGUUCCAAAGUGGUGUCGGACUUUGGCGUCGGCUACGAUUACGGCAGCGUCAUGCAUUACAGCCGCAAAGCCUUCUCGAAAAAUGGCGAGGACACCAUCACCCCAUUUGAGCCGGGAGUCGAGAUUGGACAGCGAGAAAGAGUGUCGUCGAAAGACUACAAAAAGCUGAACCGCAAAUACAAGUGUAAACGCUUGAACAAUCACUGAAUUUGUGAAUCCUAUGAAAUAAAACCAAUCCUG